AUCACAAAAGAAAAAAAAUUGGGUUCAGUGUCCCUUUAAAAUCUUCAGAAAAAAAAAAUCUAACCAUACAGAUUUGACCUAUUUAUUUCACACACUUUUAUAGAUCUCUAAGUUUUACAUAAAAGUAGCCAAAAUCAAAUUGCAUACCCGAGUCAAUAAACAACAUUUCCUCAUGCUUUGGAUAAUGGCAUUCUGUUUACCAUUUUCAAUAUAUAUAUAUUUUUUUCUCUUUUGACAAAUAAUAACCAUGAUAGUGUGAAACUGCUAAUGAAGUUCCUAACAAGCAAAAACAAAAACCCCUUUUUAAUCAUGUUGAGUAUUAGCUAGGUGUAUAUAUUUCUUGGAAUUAUUUUGGGGAAACCUAUAGUGCAGCUCCUGUCUCAAGCUGUCUUUCCAGGAAAGUUCACUCUAGUUGAGGUCACUGGGUGAAAUAAUCACAGACAGACAACUAUUUCCCAAUAUGACAUUUCUUUUUUACACCCAGGCCCCUUUUUAUCUUGCAAAAUAUUUUUCACAUACAUCUGAGUACAGGUAGUGAACUUAAUGUAAACAUUAUUCAGUAGCAACACAUUCGAGGAGUGUUUAAUAGCCUGGACAGAACGUAUGAGCAGCAACCGGUAAUCUGUUUUUCUCUAAUUGCACAUUCCUGAUCUAGAGGGUUUUUUGUUUUUUUCAAAUGAUUAUUUAAAUUCUAAAACAAUUAAAUAUAUCCUGUUACUAAAUACCAGUGAAGCAUAGACUGAAAGUUGCAGUAUGUGGGUGAGUUAGUCAGGCAUCUGCUCUUUCAUUAAGACUCAUAUUUUAGAUGGUUUUGUGGUUGCAAAAAAGUGAAAGUUAUAGAAAGUUAAGAAUUUUUAUUUAGUUUAAUGUAGAGAUUUUUUUUGCAGAUGCAGCUUUUUUUCAUUUUCAUCUAAAUGCUUUGUAAAUGUUAUUAAUGUCUUGAUGGCUUUAACCUUUUAUCAUUUAUUAUAUCAAUGCAUACUGUGAUACUUUAUUUAAAAAGAAAAAAACUUUAUUAUAGGCCACCCUCCUGGUAGUGCAAUUACAGAAGAUUAUUAGCAAUACAGCAUGUCUAAGGCCACUUAUUACUAAAGAGUUAAUAUUUUUAGGCUCUUUACCUGUUGCAGACAGUGCAUGGUUGUGCAUUUACUGGGGAUGUUAACCACAGAAUAAGGGAAGUGAUUCAUUUGAAAUGUUUAGCACAUGAGGAACGUAAAACCUAUUCCAGAGGGUGUCUCAUGCACACUCCUCCUGUAACCCUAUUAAGAGCAGCUGUAAAAGUAGAAUUUGGAGUGUAAAUUGAAAUUUCAAGUUAGGGCCAGCCAUGGCAUCUCCAGCUGACAGCUGCAUCCAGUUCACGCGACAUGCAAGCGAUGUUCUCCUAAAUCUUAACCGCCUACGAAGUAGGGAUAUUCUGACUGACGUAAUUAUCGUUGUGAACAGGGAACAUUUCCGAGCUCACAAAACUGUUCUCAUGGCCUGCAGUGGCCUGUUCUACACCAUUUUCACUGACCAGAUCAAGUGCAAUAUGAAUAUUAUUAAUCUGGAUCCAGAGAUAAGUGCUGAGGGCUUCAGAGUUUUACUUGAUUUUAUGUAUACAUCUCGCCUAAACCUGCGUGACAGCAGCAUCAUGGCGGUUAUGAGCACUGCGCUGUACCUGCAGAUGGAACAUGUGGUGGACACUUGUCAGAGGUUUCUCAAGUCAAGUGAAGACAUUGCAAGCAGCUUGAAGCCACAGAGAGAAGAUUUUUUACCUGGAAGGCCAAUGCUACCCCAAGAUGUUAUGCAAUAUAGAAACUGUGAGAUGGCUGAUAAUACGGUACCUCUUCGUAAUGCAGCAAUCUGUGAUGGGAGAUCCUACCUUCCCAGCAUUUAUAAUGGUCCUCCCUCCUCCUAUCCUAUGUAUAGUCACAUCCCAGUACAUGGAUUUCUCUUUCCUGAGGAUGAGGUGAGAGAUGUUCAGAUGUCCGAGAUCCAGAGGGCAAACCGUUAUCUAAAAGAUAAUGUGCUGCCUGGAGAAAGCUCUAGGACAGUACUAGGGGAGUACAGAAAACCUGUUGCAGAAAUGUCAUCCAGCAUGUGCCAUAAUAACCUAUACUCUCCAAAGGAGCCGGCACUGGAGGAAGCCAGGAGCGACUCUCACUACAAUGUAGUUUCAGGCUCCCGAUCAGCUCCAUCUGUUAGAGGCAGCCCUUAUUUUUCUUGUGACAAAGCUGGGAAAGAGGAGGAGCGUACAUCUUCAGAAGAUGAGAUAAGCCAACACUUCAAACCAACUAACUCUCCAGUCAACCGCAAAGGUCUUGUAAGCCCUCAGAGCCCCCAAAAAUCAGAUUGCCAGCCUAAUUCCCCAACGGAAUCCAGCAGCAGUAAAAAUGCACGGAUCUCUCAAGGCUCUGGAUCCCCAGUGUCCAAAAGUUCUACUGAUCCAAAAGCUUGCAACUGGAAGAAAUACAAAUUUAUAGUUCUCAACUCCCUUAACCAGAGUGAAAAGGAAAGCUGUGCCAACCAGAGUGAAAUGGGUAACAUCUCACCACAGUCAUACACCUCUCAGUCCUCCUGCCAACAAUCAGUCAAGUCUGAAAGCAUGGAUAUUCAAGGCCCAGCCAAAAUGAAUGGGACCAUGGAGGAUUCUUUAGUACCCCAAGCAAGCAGACUGAACAACAUUGUUAACAGACCUUUGGAUGCUUCCCCACAAAACAGUGAAGGACAUUCUCCUCUGUACAUGCACACACCCAAGUUCAGCUCAUUCUCCUCACAGUCUCCUUCUGAAUUGUGUCCACAUACCCCUGGCUCCAGCUUUGGAGAAGAGAUCACAGAGACCCAGUCAGAAUACUCUGACUCCAGCUGUGAAAAUGGUACUUUUUUCUGCAAUGAAUGUGACUCUCGCUUCUCUGAAGAGGGUUCUUUGAAGAGACACACUGUGCAGAUGCAUAGUGACAAGCCGUAUAAGUGCGAUCGAUGCCAGGCCUCAUUCCGCUACAAGGGAAAUCUUGCUAGCCACAAAACUGUCCAUACAGGUGAAAAACCAUAUCGUUGUAGCAUCUGUGGCGCACAGUUUAACCGACCAGCCAAUCUGAAAACUCACACGAGGAUUCACUCAGGAGAAAAACCGUACAAGUGCGAAACAUGUGGCGCAAGGUUUGUUCAGGUUGCUCAUCUGCGUGCACAUGUGCUAAUUCACACUGGGGAAAAGCCGUAUCCAUGUGAGAUCUGUGGUACCAGAUUCAGACAUCUUCAGACUUUAAAAAGCCACCUUAGGAUCCACACUGGAGAGAAGCCCUAUCAUUGUGAGAAAUGCAACCUCCAUUUCCGUCACAAGAGCCAAUUGAGACUUCACCUUCGUCAGAAACAUGGAGCUAUAACCAAUACAAAAGUCCAAUAUCGUGUUUCCCAAACAGAACUUCCCUCGGACCUCCCAAAGUCUUGCUGAGCUCUUUUCCAACUUCCUCCUCUCCCCCCCCCCCCCGCGAUCGUGGAGUGCCUCUAUUUGACCUAUUAGUGCAGAUGGUUGAAACGAAACGGGUUUAAACUUUAUUUUUUUGUCCUGGUCAUGUGAAACAUGCACUCUUCAUUGUAAAUAGAUCCAUUUUUUUAUGUCCGUGUGGUGAACGUAAUCAUGAGCUUUGAAUUAUUUCAGCAUUGUAAUUCUUGGCCAGAGUAAGGAGAGUGGACAAGGAAGAGACUAAAGCCUAUGGUUGAACUACAAAGUGGCCACAAAUUAAAAUCCAGAUAUGGAUAAAGAAGACUGAAUAACAAAGCCACAUAUCAGUAAUUUCAAUACAUUAUAUAAAUGAAAAUCUGUAUGGCUUGGCAAGAACUUUUUAGUGGUUUUAACAAAUUGUUGUUAAUAUUUUGGUAUCCUUGAAUUUGGUCCAACAUUGACAUUUGUUGUGAUACCCUGAAGAGUGUAGCUUGCUGCUUAAACUUGAAUUGCUUUGUUGUGGUAGAAGGCAGGGUGUUACUUGGUAGAGUAGUUUUAUUACUCACUUAUGCCAAGAGAUUCCCCUCUCAAUAGGAGGGAUUGGUGGUUUUAUAAUAAACAACCAUUUGGUAGUGAUUUUAAAAAGAAGCCAAAUAUAACCUUAAAACCAUUGUAUUUUGAGGAUUACCUUUAAUAUGGAUCCGUAGGACCAUGUGACUGGAUGAUACCUACUGAUUGGCUAAAAUCUGGAUUUCCCAAAAGGGAUCCAUUGAAAAGAAGCACUUGGAUUAUCAUUCUCUCAGCUUUAAGCCUGGCGGUUGCAGUGCUAGUCAUUCUAAUAUCAAAACUUGCACUGUUUCUGCUGGUGAUGGGAGAGGGUGGUAGCUAUUUAGCACCUUUUUUUUCUAAAGAAGCACUAAAGUCGCUUAAAAAGAGAAUCUGAUGCUUGGACAAAUAGCGAUAAUAUUUAAUGGGAGAGACAAGAUGUGUAUAUUUUACAGAGGCAGACAGCACUUCUACUCCUGUUUUAUUACAGUUUGUUUUCAUCAUUGUUAGCUGCUUUGCCUCAAGGAGACCCUCAGUGCAUUUGUAUGAUAAUGUCUGAAAACAUGUCAUUUUCUGUCUUUACACAUGCCCUGCACCUUGUCGCUCCUGCUAUUUAGAAUAAGGCCUUCUGGUGUCCUUUUAUCAUUGUUUAGUAUAUUAAGGUCAUGUGAUGCCAGAGGUGCCUUAUUGAUCUGGUUGCAAUAUUAUACCAGCAGUUACAGGCACCUAAAUAAGUAAUAUUUUUCUAUUCGCUCGCUUUCUUGCACCCCUGAGAAAUAUUAAAGAAAAGUAUUUAAUUUUAUGGUAUGUAAAAUGUGCACUCAAUGUAAGAAAAAUGAACAAAGAUUUAAUUGUGUAUGCUUUUUAAGAGAGGGCUUUAACUUUGUUAUAGUUUUAACCAAAGGAAAUGGAAUUUAUGGCAGAGUUGUAAAUAUCUAUAUAUAAAUAUAUAAAUAUACAUAUAUUAUGAAGAUUAAAAAGAACGCUAUAAUAAAACUAUGAAUUACAGCAAACAUUUAGAUUGUAUCUGCGGGCAGAAAUCAAUCUGAGAUUUGUUUUAUUGUGAUAGAGCACUUACAAAAAUAUUUUAAAGUAUUGCACCAGUGUAUGUGAGAAGAUAUUUUGUCUAAACGCAACAGUCUAUAUGUAUUUUUUUUUUUGUUUGUUUGUUUUUGUUUCUGGAAGUGAAGGUUUACAGUAUGUUUAAAACUUAGACACCCUGUUGAAGGAUCACGUGACUUCUUCUGUUUUAAUUGUUCGUUUGUAUAUAUGUAUAAUUUGUCUUUGGUGCCUUUUAACCCAACUUGUUACCAGAAGAGCUAGCAAAAUUGCUAUCCCGCCUGGCAUCAAAUGGGUUAAUGAAUGUUUGAACCUCCCGUUUUUUGUUUUUUUUGUUUGUUUUUUAAAGGUACAGCCUAAAGCUAGUCACUAAUCUUUAGGAAGGUCAUUUUAUGUUUAUGUUUUCUUAAUCUGUUAAUUACAUGAUGCUUUGUCCUGCUUGUGUUAAUAAUAAACUGCCAGAAGACAGGGUUUGGGCUGUUUCUUAAAACUGCAUUAUUGCAAUGUAAAAUAUAGCUGUACAAGUAGAAAAAAAAUAAAAUUCUUAACUGCAAA